UUAUAGGAGGAAUGUUGUUAAGAAGUUGUUGUAGCAACUGCAAGAAAUAGCCCCGUUGGCAUUUUUGUCGUUUUAAGAUUAAUGCACCUUCAACUACUCAGAGGUGGAAUAACAUUUAUAAGACUUUCUAACAACUAACAAAACGAGAAAUUAACACAAUUUACCAGCAAAGAUAAAGUGGAAAGGCCUAAAAAUGGAAAAGAAGCUGGAAAGACAAUAUAUUGAAGAUCACUGUUUACUCAUUGAUAGCCUUCCCUUUACUUGGUUGGUGAAAACAGAAGGUCCGCAUUUUUGUCUUGAUAUGAAGAAGUCCAGACUGAAGAAAAUAAAAUACAAUUUUGUUUUUGGCUCAGAACCCAGAGACAAGUUUCCAGUAACAGGAUACCCAGAAAGAAUUCUUAAGGUUGAUAUAUCCUUAAAUGAGCUGGCAGAGCUGGAAGAUGAAAGCCUGUAUCCUUUUAAAAAUAUCUCUGAACUGGAUGCAUCCCUAAAUGCUUUAAAAAAUAUGCCAGAUGUCAGUAUUUUUCAACAGAUUAAAGUUUUAAAGCUGAGCUAUAAUGUUAUCAGUAGCUUGAGAUGGCUUCAGCACUGCAAGGCGCUCAUGAUCCUAAAUGUAUCACACAAUCAAAUAAAAAUAAUAAGAAGCAUGCCUGUUCUAAGUAAUUUGGUCGAGCUACAUUUAGACUCUAACAAGCUGGAAUCUUUAGAUGGAAUCCAAAACCUUUCCAACCUGAAAGAACUUUAUGUUCAAAAUAAUCAAAUUAGAAGUUUGCUCCCUCUAUCUUGCUCUCUUCAUUUGUGCCAUGCAGAUAUGUCAAAUAAUGAAAUUUAUUCAGUGCAAGAGACCUUUCAGAUACUGAAGGUCUUGUUCAGACUUAAACAACUGAAACUGAUGGGAAAUCCAGUUGCCAAAGACAAAGAGUACAUUAAUAUGGCUAAGCACUUUACUUCAGUGGAAAUCUUGGAUAAUAUACCCCUCAGAGAAUCAAGCAACCAUCAAUUUCUACAAAAUGUUAGAGGAGGACGAGCAAAAGAUGAACUGAUAGAGACUGCUAGGUCUGCUUAUGAGGAGAAAUUACAAAGAAAAAGAAAUGAAGCAGAGAGUACCAUACACUACCUGCAUGACAGAAUCAUGGAUCUUCAGGAAGAUCUAAAAGAAUAUGAAGCAAGUCUUCAAAUGGAAAUGAAGGGGUACUUAAGAUAUUUAGAAGCCAUACCCCAAGAAGAUGUGUCAAACAUUGACCCCAACAAGAUUGAUAGCGCCAUGGAACAGCAAAUGUUCACUAAAUUCUGGACAAAAUGGGACUAUGGAAAGAGAACACAGGCUAACAUACCCUUUAGUGACUUAAAAGAACCAGAUAAGGUGCUUAGGAUGGCUGCCUUGCUGCUGUCAAACUCUCCAGGUUCCAUGCAUAGUUCUGCCAGCAGUAUCUGAAGGCGUGUUUGGAGUAUCAGUUGAACAUCUGUGACCUGGUUCAAAUCCUCAUCUGUAACACAGACAGCCAUGUUUGAUUUAAUACUUUCCAUGUGUUUCGGUGGGUCACGGAUUGAAGAGUAAAGCAUUUUAAAAUCUGCAUGAAAAGCAAGAUAAUCCAAAGGAAAAUUUUUAAAUCCAUAAAUUUAAUCCUAAUUGUUUUUUAUGCAAGAGUGGCCUCCUAAUGAAAAUAAACCUUGACUAAGGUGCAGAACUGCUUAAUAUCUCCUGAUAAAUAAAUAUUUGCUGAAUAGGGACUGCACUUGUAAUUACAGUGUCUUUAAGCAUGCUUAUGUGGCAGACAUGUUCAAAAUGCAUUCGUGGAUGACUGAAGUGAUUACAGCUGUAAAUCGAUGGUUGCAUUUUGAUAGCCUUCAAGAAUAAUCAUUAGACUAUAUGGGCCUAUAAUAUUUACAGCUUGACCGAUUUUGAUUUUGUUUCUUAACAUUGAAAUCCUUAUAAAAUGCUUUUGUGGUACAUUUUUUCUUAUUUUUAAGAUCUUAAUUAUUGCAAACAGAUCACAUACUGGACUGUUCACAUGCAUGGGCAACAUGGUUUGACUGAAUAGUGCUGUCUCUACUAGUAAAAACAAAUGUUUAAUAAAAACACCAAGAAUAAGGUAUGUUUUAUAUCCAAAUGGUACCGUGUGACAAAGGUUAAAGGCUGAUGCAUAAUCUGACACAGCACAUUAGCUGCAAAUUGUCUUGGAGUGUGUUGGGACGUGUGAGUCCUUGUCUUGCACCCCAAAACAUGAGGCUGAGUCUCAGUACUUUAG